GAAAGAAGAGUGUUUUACGUGUACACGUUAUAAAAAAAUAUUAUAAUAUACAUAAAUAAUUGCUAGGGAAAUAAAAAUAUAUAAAUUUUCGUUUAAUAAGACUUAAUUAGAGAAGAUUUUUAAAAAGAAGGAAAAAAUAUGGCAACCGACGAAAAUUCUUGGCGAACUCAAAGCUUUCGACAAAGUGUAGUAGCAAAACUUGAUGAAGCUGUACAAAUGUCAGGCAUGCCUACAGCAAAGAAUAGCAUUGAGAUGGAAAGCCAUGUUUUUCAAAAGGCGAAAAGCAAGGAGGAAUAUUUAAGCUUUAUCGCAAGGCUUAUCUUCCAUGUCAGAGAAAUGAAUUCUAAAAAAGGAACUGGAAAUAUAGCACCUGGUAAUACUGGAAGUGGAGGUCAAGGUAUGCCAGAUCCGAUUGGUGCAUUGCAAACUUUAGCAAGACAGGGAACAGGCAAUAAUCAAAUGAUUGGGAUGGGUGGACCUGGGCCUAAUCCGCAGGGCAUUGUACCACAAUCUUCUACAAAUACAGCCACUAAUCUUUUGCAAAGCUUAAAUCAACGUCCUGGACAACCAAUGACUAUGCCUGGUUUGCCAAAUAAAAUGUCUGGAAUGGGUAUGAUGCAAUCUGUUGGUACUAUGAGUCAUAUGAAUGCAAUCCAAGGUAUGCAAAGUGGUGCAAUUUUAACUCAAAUUAAUCAGAUGAAUCAAGGAAAUAUGCCACAGCAAAUGAAUCAAAUGAUUCCAACUCAAAUGAAUCAAAUAAAUACUGGACAAAUGCAGCAGAAUAUGCAAAAUCAAAUGCAAAAUCAGUUAUCGGGGCAAAUGUCCAAUCAGAUUGGCGGAUCUAUAAACGGUAUGCAAGCUAAUAUACCCCAACAAAUGAAUCAAAUUUCUUCUGGCCAGAUGGGUCCUGCUCAAGUGACACAACAGCUAAAUCACAUGCAAAGAAAACCUGGAGAAAUAAUAAAUACUGUAUUUCCUGGUCCACGUAAUGUUACUCCAAAUCAAUUUUUAAGACAAAGUCCAUCUCCUUCUGCCCCUAGUCCAGCAGCAUUAGCAGCACCAGCAAGUAAUCAAAUGGUAGCAUCUCCUGCUUUGGUACCAUCUCCAAGCCCACAACAUCCUAUCAUAGCAGGACCACAAAGAUCUGUAGGUAUGGCACCAUCUCCUAGUAGUUCAUUAAAUACUCCAGUAGCCGUGGGAGCAACACCUAGCCCACAACAAGAAGAUCAAGCAUAUAGAGAUAAAGUACGACAACUUAGUAAAUAUAUAGAACCAUUAAAAAGAAUGAUAUCCAGAAUGGGAAAUGAUGGAAAUGUCGAUAAGUUAAGUAAAAUGAAAAGAUUAUUGGAGAUUUUAUCAACACCGAGUAAACGUAUGCCAAUGGAAACACUCUUAAAAUGUGAAGUUGUAUUAGAAAAAGUCGACUUCAAAAGAGGCGACGGCAGUGUUGGACCACCUGUAACAACUUUAAAAGAACAUCAUUUCUUUAGUCCACUUUUAGAAGCAGUAAGCACUCAUUUACAAAGUCCGGUAGUAAAUCAUACUUUACAACGUACUUUUGGUCCAUGUUUAGAGGCAUUGUUUGGACCAGAGAUCAAAACUUUACCACCAUUGAAGAAACAUAAGAUAGAAGAGCCGCCUAGUGAAAUACCGGAUGUAUUACAAGGAGAAAUUGCACGUCUUGAUCAGCGAUUCAAAGUAAGCUUGGAUCCAGCACAACAAAAUGGUUCUAAAUGCAUACAAUUGAUAUGCUGGUUGGAUGAUCGUCAUUUACCAUGUGUACCACCUGUAUCGGUCAUUGUACCUGCUGAUUAUCCAUUAACACCACCGCGUUGUGUUAUGACGCCUCACGAAUAUACUACAACAUUCCUUUGUGCCGUUCAAAAGGCACUGAACGCUCGUAUUGCAAAACUUCCACGUCAUUUCUCUGUAUCACAAUUACUCGAUACUUGGGAAAUGAGCGUAAGACAAGCAAGUGCACCAACGCAAACUCCUGUCACUGCUAGUACGGUUUUAAUGAGUCUAUAGCACAAUUUUCUAAACGAUUGAUUUAUCUUUGUUCUAAUGUAAUAAUAUUAUUAUUGUAUCAAACUUCUUUAUUUUAGUAUAUACAAAAUGUUUACCAAAAUAUUUGAAUGGAGAUUGUGUGUUUGUGUGUAUAUAUGUGUGUGUACAUGCGUGCGUGAGUGUGUGCAUGCGUGUGAGUUUUCAAGAUCUUAUAAUCUUCCAAAAUAAAUGAUAUUAUAUUCCUUGAAAUAAUAAUGAAAAGCCAAUACAAUUAUUCGUUCUUCACA